UUGCAGACUGGUCCGGUGGAGUUUCCUUGGCCGCCUCCCUGGCACUGCGCGGAGUCCCCCGAGGAAAAAACGAAGAGAGACCAAGCUGGUUGAUGCCCUCUAGCAGCCAUGAAGACUUUGCUUCGAUGCUUCUGGAGGCUGCGGCCGCCUCCUUGCACUCUCUUUCACCAAGCCAAGAGGCACCUGGCCUCUCCGAUCAUCUCGCAUUACGAAGCUAUAAACCAUGGUGAACAGGACGUGCCGGAGUACUUUAAUUUUGCCAGGGAUGUUCUGGACAGGUGGACCCAAGAGGAAAAGGAUGGAAAGAGGCCUCCGAACCCAGCCUUCUGGUGGGUGGACGACCAGAGCAAAGAGGUGAAGUGGAGCUUUGAGGAGCUGGGAGUCUUAUCCCGGAAAGCUGCCAACAUGCUGGCCGAUCCCUGCGGCUUGCAGAUGGGCGACAGGGUCAUGGUGGUUCUUCCCAAGGUUCCCGAAUGGUGGCUGAUGAACGUGGCUUGUAUCCGGACAGGUGUUGUCUUCAUCCCAGGGACGCCCCAGUUAACCGCCAAAGACAUCUCCUACAGGCUCCAGGCUUCCAAAGCCAAAUGCAUCGUGGUCGGCGACGCCUUGGCCCCAGCAGUGGACUCGGUCCUGUCCGAAUGCAAGUUUCUGAAAACCAAGCUUCUUGUGUCCGACAGCAGCAGAGAUGGCUGGCUGAACUUCAAGGAUCUCGUCCAAGCAGCACCUGCCGACCACGACUGCGCAAAGACCAAGAGCGAGGACACGAUGGCCAUUUACUUUACAAGCGGAACCACAGGAGCUCCCAAAAUGGUGGAACAUUCCCACUGCUGCCACGGCAUUGGAUUGAUAACUGCCAGCAGGCGCUGCAUGGGUUUGUCUCCUUCGGCUAUAUUCUGGAAUACGUCGGACCCAGGAUGGAUUAAGACGACCUGGAGUGGUGUUUUCGGUCCGUGGAUCAACGGUUCGUGCGUCUUUGUACACCGCCUGCCGCAAUUCGAACCCGCCAUUGUACUGAAUACUCUUGCCCGAUACCCAAUCACCACUUUCUGCACAGCUCCUACAGGAUUCCGUAUGUUGGUGCAGCAGGAUCUUGCCAGCUACAAAUUCCCAAGCCUGAAGCAUUGUGUGACGGGAGGGGAACCGCUCAACCCAGAGGUGUUGCAGCGAUGGAAGACCCAAACAGGGGUGGAUAUCUAUGAAGGCUAUGGACAAACAGAAACAGUAGCCAUCUGUACAAAUGUUAAAGGGAUGAAAAUCAAACCGGGGUCCAUGGGAGUGGUGUCUCCACCGUAUGAUGUCCAGAUUGUGGAUGAUGAAGGCAAAAUUCAGCCUCCAGGGGAAGAAGGGGACAUUGCUAUCAGAAUCAAACCAAAGCGACCAUUUUGCCUUUUCUCGCGGUACUUAGAUAACCCUGAGAAAACCGCAGCCACCGAGCGUGGUGAUUUUUAUGUCACUGGAGACAGAGGGAUUAAAGAUGAAGAAGGCUAUUUCUGGUUUGUCGGAAGAUCAGAUGAUCUGAUUAAUUCUGCCGGGUAUCGUAUUGGCCCGUUUGAAGUGGAGAGCGCCUUGAUAGAGCACCCAGCUGUGGUGGAAUCAGCUGUGGUCAGCAGCCCAGAUCCCGUGAGAGGAGAGGUGGUGAAAGCCUUUGUCAUCCUGUCUCCUGCCUUUAUAUCACAUGAUCCAGAAAAAUUAAUCAAGGAGCUCCAAGAUCACGUGAAAAAGGUGACUGCUCCUUACAAGUAUCCCAGAAAGGUUGAGUUUGUCCAGGAGCUGCCCAAGACGGCAGCUGGGAAAAUCCGAAGGAACGUAUUAAGGAACCGAGAAUGGGGGAGAGUGUAGCUUUGGCUGAACAUC